AUGGAUUUUGCUGUUUAUCAUUUUAGGUCAAAAUCUAUACACAACCCAAACCGCCAACCCACAAAAGGAACAUCAAACCUGACUCUGCCCAGACUUUCACCACCGCCCCAUGAGUCGUUGAGCUCCUCCGUUCCUGCCGAAUGCCAGCUGAGCGGAGCUGCAGGGUCCUGGGCUGUGAGAACAGCUCGUAUUAGAGGAGGUCUCCGUGUGAUGUCACGGUCUGGACAGGAUCUGCUGGAGAUCAUUCUGGAGGGAUCUCUGCGCGGAGCAUUAGCGCCAGUCCAGCUGCCGGGCCGUUCCUGCUCCGCUGCUGUAACAGCUGGUCUCCAUUUAUUUGCGACACAGCAGAGCCCUCCUGAGACUGCAGGAAAGCACGCGGACGCCCUGCGCAUCCUGAUGGGUUUGCAGGAACCUGUAGAGACAAACAAAACGUCCAACGAGCUACUCGUCAAUAUUCCUCGCUCUCCCAUAAUCUGGCCCUCAGUCUCGGCCUCUCUGGAGGAGACGACUGGAGCUGUCUCCGCUUACGCAGGGGUUUGCAGCCAUGCUGUUCAUCAUGUUCCACAAAGGCCGGUCAUGGCCACUGGCCGCGUGGACGACGGAGAACCUGCAGCCAGACUCCACGUGAAACACAUCUACCGCCUUAUUGUGCUGUCAGUGUUUUAUUAGAGCUUUGCAAAAAUAACAGAACAAUAAAAUAAGCAGCAAAACGA